UUUGGAGUCUGAAGAUGAAGUGGACAUUCACAUCCUGGAAGUGAUUUAAUGACUUUGUGUCUCAGAAAUCCGGAUUUUCUGCUACAUAGAAUCUUCUAGUUUACUGAUCCGUUAAUUAUGCGUCGAUUCUCUGCUAAAGCGAAGAACCGAUUCCUCAGUGGGAUGCAGGUGCGCGCUGAUUGCUGCUCACCACCGACACGCGCCGGACACGUGCGCGCGCUUACUUAAGCAGCACACUGCUCCAUGGAUUCCGAGGAGAAGCGAUACUUUCAGCCCUGGCGUGAUUACAUGGGGCUGGCGGAGAAGGUGCGAGCCAUGCGAGAGUCCAGGCUCCUGGGGGAAACUUCUGCUUCUGAGGAGUUCAGAUUUACGCGCGGGAUAUCCUCCUCUCCUCCUCCUGCACCACCACUACCACCUCCACCACCUUCUCCUUUUCAACACCACCACAGUCAUGGUGACUUACAGAGCUUCUUCCCUGAGCAUGAGAACAGAUGGAGACCCAAAACGCCGAAAUCCGGGAGAACCGUGAGUCCAUUCCCACCUCCAUCACCAACACCGCAUCCUCCCCCACCUCCACCUCCACGGGCGGUCGGUCAGCGCUUCUCUGAGAAGUUCUGCAGCUUCUGCAAACACAACGGUGAGUCCGAGCUCGUGUUUAAGUCGCAUUGCCUGAAGAGCCGCGCUGGAGAGGUUCUGUGUCCGUAUUUGCGCAAGUACGUGUGUCCGCAGUGUGGAGCGACCGGCGGCCGUGCGCACACCAAGCGCUUCUGCCCACUCGUGGACAGCUCGUACGUCUCAGUGUACACCCGGGCUCCACGGUACUAACUGGAACUCCAGGUUUCGCUUUAGGUACCAACUGUGGUACCUCCUCCAGGUACCUUGAAUAGUUUAGGUACCUUAUAGAUGCGUAUAUAAUAAUCUGAUACUAAAAGGGUGCCUUUAAUUAUGAUAACAUGGGUGUAAAAAAGUUGAGCUUUUAAAGAGAGAAAGAAAAAUGUUCCAAAAGAGUAUUUUAAUAUCUGAAUUAUUGAACUUCGCUCUUAAGUUGUGUUGAUUUUAAGUGUUUUUGUUUUAUAUCAUGAACCAACACUCUGGAAAGACCUGUACUGACUUCCGAAAGGUCUGGGUGCCAAGAGUUUUGCUUUUCUUCAUUACUUGUGUGUGUUUAAUUUGAAGAUUUGUUUCACUAGUGUGUGUUUUACUCGGGUGGAAUUUGUUUUUGUUUGUUUUUCUCUUCAAUACUCUUGAACUCAGGCCUGUGUGGGGCUCAGUACAGGUGCAGGUGGACCUCCAAGCUUCUCUGGAGGACAUUUCUUCUCAAGUCCAAGAGAAAAAUGUUGCAGGGUUUUAGAAUUUUUUUUUAAUUAUUAUUAUUAUAUAUAAUGUGCUUGUAUGAAGCUUCUGUUUGUUUGUUUGAAAUCUAUCAUGUUGAAAUAUAUAUAUAUAUAUACGAUGCUGUUUUUGUUAUGACUGGACAUCUUCGGUGUGUCUCUUGUAAUUUUGUAGUUUAAUUUUCUAAUAAUAAUUUUUAAACAAUGGUG